UCCGUGAACGCAGCUGAGUGCUGGUGACGGUUCUCGGGAGCAGCUUAGUCAGAAACAGGAGUGACCGCUAGCUUCAUGACAGCCGUGCAGACGUGAACUAGCGGGAGCGGAACAUCUUUCGCAGGGAAGAAGGAGCGGGAGAGACAGAGGGAGAGCGAGGGGCAGCUGGAAGGAAAGGGGGCGGCUACUGGACUUUGCUUUCCUCGCGUUUUAAACCGAGUAAACACUCGCAUCGAUUUCGGGCUAGCCCCUUUUGAAGACCUCAAAAACAUAAGCUGGAAGGUUAGCUAGCCGCCGCCAUCUCUUCUCAGUCGGAGCGACCGCCGUGUCUUCCACACCAUGGGGAACGCUGCCACCGCCAAGAAGGGCAACGAGCUAGAGAGCGAGACCUUUGUUAAAGAGUUUCUAGCCAAAGCCAAAGAAGAUUUCUUACGGAAAUGGGAAUGCCCACCACAGAGCACAACGUGCCUAGAUGACUUUGACAGAUUAAAGACGCUGGGUACCGGCUCGUUCGGUAGAGUCAUGCUGGUGAAGCACAAAGGAACAGAGCAAUACUUCGCCAUGAAAAUACUGGACAAGCAGAAGGUGGUGAAACUCAAGCAAAUAGAACACACAUUAAAUGAGAAGAGGAUAUUACAGGCAGUGAGCUUCCCCUUUCUCGUCAAACUUGAGUACGCAUUUAAGGACAACUCCAAUUUGUACAUGGUAAUGGAGUAUGUUCCAGGUGGUGAGAUGUUCUCACACCUAAGACGAAUUGGAAGGUUCAGUGAACCACAUGCGCGGUUUUAUGCCGCCCAGAUAGUGCUGACAUUUGAAUACCUCCAUUCACUAGAUCUCAUAUACAGAGAUCUGAAACCCGAGAAUCUUCUAAUUGACCACCACGGCUACAUUCAGGUGACAGAUUUUGGAUUUGCUAAGCGGGUAAAAGGCAGGACAUGGACGUUGUGUGGGACACCGGAGUACCUGGCUCCGGAAAUCAUACUCAGCAAAGGCUAUAACAAAGCUGUGGAUUGGUGGGCCCUUGGAGUCCUCAUCUAUGAAAUGGCAGCUGGCUACCCUCCUUUCUUUGCAGAUCAGCCUAUUCAGAUCUAUGAGAAGAUUGUGUCUGGAAAGGUUCGGUUCCCGUCUCACUUCAGCUCCGAUUUAAAGGACCUGUUGAGAAACCUGCUGCAGGUGGAUCUGACCAAACGCUACGGCAACUUGAAGAAUGGAGUCAAUGACAUCAAAGGACACAAAUGGUUCGCCACAACAGACUGGAUCGCAAUCUAUGAGAGAAAGGUUGAAGCUCCAUUCAUACCAAAGUGUAGAGGCCCUGGGGACACCAGCAACUUCGACGACUACGAAGAGGAGGAAAUCCGCGUUUCUUUAACGGAAAAAUGCGCAAAGGAGUUCGCAGAGUUUUAGGACGUGAGAACAUGGAUAUAUCAGGGAAAAUAAGGGGAUCUUUGCACUCUUCUGAAGACUUGGGAUGGAGCAGAGACCAUCUUUUUCAGAUCUACUACAUAGUCCCUUCAUUCCACAAGGCUGAAUGAGG